AUGGAAUGGUGCCAACCGGCUGGGCUCAGCAUGGCGCUGGGUGCUGUCCUGGCCCGGGGACGGGCAGUGUGUAGGCACAACGGGCUACUCAUCCUGUCAGUGAUGUCUGUCAUCGUGGGCUGCCUCCUUGGCUUCUUCCUCAGGACCCAGCGCCUCUCACCACAGGAGAUUAGUUACUUCCAGUUCCCUGGUGAACUCUUGAUGAGGAUGCUGAAGAUGCUGAUCUUACCACUGGUGGUCUCCAGUUUGAUGUCUGGCCUUGCCUCCCUGGAUGCCAAGACCUCCAGCCGCCUGGGCCUCCUCACUGUGGCAUACUACCUGUGGACUACCUUUCUGGCCGUCAUCGUGGGCAUCAUCAUGGUCUCCAUCAUCCACCCGGGCGGCGCAGCGCAGAAGGAGACGACCGAACAGAGUGGGAAGCCAGUCAUGAGCUCAGCUGAUGCCCUGCUGGACCUUGUCCGGAACAUGUUCCCAGCCAACCUGGUAGAGGCCACGUUCAAACAGUACCGCACCAAGACCACUCCAGUUAUCAAGUCUCCCAAGGGGGCGUCAGAGGAGGCCCCUUCUCAGCGGGUCCUCAUCUACGGGGUCCGGGAAGACAAUGGCUCUCGUGUGCAGAACUUUGCCCUGGACCUGACCCCCCCACCGGAGAUCGUGUACAAGUCAGAGCCUGGUACCAGUGAUGGCAUGAACGUGCUAGGCAUUGUCAUCUUCUCAGCCACCAUGGGCAUCAUGCUGGGCCGCAUGGGUGACAGCGGGACCCCCCUAGUCAGCUUCUGCCAGUGCCUCAAUGAGUCCGUCAUGAAGAUCGUGGCGGUAGCGGGGUGGUACUUCCCCUUUGGCAUUGUCUUCCUGAUUGCUGGAAAGAUCCUGGAGAUGGAUGACCCCAAGGCGGUGGGGAAGAAGCUGGGCUUCUACGCCGUGACUGUGGUAUGCGGGCUAGUGGUCCACGGCCUCCUCAUCCUGCCCCUACUCUACUUCCUCAUCACCAGGAAGAACCCCAUCGUCUUCAUCCGCGGAGUCCUCCAAGCUCUGCUCAUUGCGUUGGCCACCUCCUCCAGCUCAGCCACACUGCCCAUCACCUUCAAGUGCCUGCUGGAGAACAACCGCAUUGACCGGCGCAUCGCCCGCUUUGUGCUGCCUGUGGGCGCCACCAUCAACAUGGACGGCACCGCGCUCUACGAGGCUGUGGCUGCCAUCUUUAUCGCCCAGGUCAACAACUACGAGCUGGACUUUGGCCAGAUCAUCACUAUCAGCAUCACGGCCACUGCAGCCAGCAUUGGGGCAGCUGGCAUCCCACAGGCAGGGCUCGUCACCAUGGUCAUCGUGCUCACCUCUGUGGGACUGCCCACCGACGACAUCAACCUCAUCAUCGCUGUAGACUGGGCUCUGGACCGCUUCCGUACCAUGAUUAACGUGUUGGGUGAUGCGCUGGCAGCCGGGAUCAUGGCCCACAUCUGCCGGAAGGAUUUUGCUCAGGACACAGGCACUGAGAAACUGCUACCCUGUGAGACCAAGCCAGUGACACUGCAGGAGAUUGUGGCCACCCAGCACAAUGGCUGUGUGAAGAGUGUGGCUGAGGCCUCGGAGCUAACCCUUGGCCCCAUGUGCCCCCACCACAUCCCAGUCCAGGUAGAGCAGGAUGAGGAGCCGGCCACUGCCAGCCUAGACCACUGCACCAUCGAGAUCAGUGAGCUGGAGACUAAUGUGUGAGCCCACAGGGCUGCAGAGCCAGGCCAGACCCUGGGGUAGGAGCUGAACUCAAAAUACAACCACGCAGCUGGCAAAGCCUGUUCCAGUUCCACUGACAGGCCAGUCAGCCACUGAUGAGGAAGUGUCUCAGCAAAGAGACAACUCGUGCAGGAGCCCACAACCAAGGGCUCUUGCGGCCCAGGACCUAGCUGUGACAUUUCUCCUGCAAGAACCCACAAAAGCUCCUGGCAGGGAGGGUCUUUACCUCUACUUUUUGGAGGAAGAGUUUUGGGGCCUGAGAGCUAAAACCACUCACUGAAAGCAACAUCAGGGUCAGGAUGUGAACUCAAGUCUUUGGAGCCUUGACCAUUCCCUUCUGGAGGACAAGGCAGCCUGCAAGGACCAGCAAAAGAGGCUCUGCCCUCUCCAGGGUCCCCAUAGCCACCACUGCUUCCAACUGAUAGAGAUAUAACAACAGCGUCCCUGUUUCUGUCCCAGCUGUGUCCAGGUCAGGUCAACCUGCCCCACCCCACAGCAUGUGGUUCUAACCCAACACUCCCAGUAAGGGCCGGCCCAUCCCAGAGCUGAGACCUGAUGCCUUCCAUGUGGCCAUUUCUGCCCACCAGAUCUCUCAUCUAAUAUGGAGAAUGAUGUCCACUAGAGCUGGGAGGCCCCAUGGGUACAGCCCAGCCAGCCUUCCAUGGGACAGGUAGGCAAGAUGGGCCACAGGAAGGGAAGCCUAGCCUGGGAUUCUCUGGCCAAGCGACCAGCAGUACCUUGGGGUCCAAUCUCCACAAAGACUUGUAUGGCAAAGUGGCAUGAGAGUUACUAGUUCUUUCUGUGUUUGCAAUAACGUGAUAAAUAAAAGUCUUUGUGUUUUCA